GCCACGUUCGAUCCAGAAAUAUUUUUUAACAUAAUAUUGCCUCCUAUAAUUUUUUACGCCGGCUACAGCUUAAAGAGGAAAUACUUCUUUCGAAACCUCGGGGCGAUACUGAUGUUCGCGCUCAUCGGUACCACGGUAUCGUCUUUCGUUAUCGGGACGCUGAUGUACGCGUUUUUGAAGCUGAUCCCAAACUUUUCCACGUCGUUCACGUUCCUGGACACUUUGUACUUUGGCGCUCUCAUAUCGCCUACCGAUCCCCUCACCAUUAUAUCCAUUUUUAACGAUCUCCACGUCGAUGUGAAUCUGUACGCCCUCGUUUUCGGCGAGAGCGUGCUCAACGACGCCGUGGCCAUUGUACUUAGCGGUGCUAUACAGAAUUACGGCGAGCGUUACGCCACGAAAGGCUCGAGCGCGUUCGAAGCGGCGGCGUUUUUCCAGGCCCUGGGCGACUUUGUCGGUAUCUUCAGCUUGUCGCUGUUCAUAGGCGCCACGAUGGGCUGCACCACGGCCCUGAUGACCAAGUACACGCGGGUGCGCGACUUCCCGCUUCUCGAGUCGGCCCUGUUCGUGCUCAUGUCCUACAGCACGUUCCUCAUCGCCGAGGCCUCUGAUCUUACUG